CGGCCCUACCGGGCCUCCCGCCCGGCGUUUGGUCAUCAGCACUGUUGGCGCAAAGAGGUCGCGUGUUUGUGUGCUCUCCUUAUCACCCACCCACAAAUAUUAUUUAGCAAUAAAAAGUGGCGUUUAAUAAGUUCAUUCUGACAUUGAAAGCAUUUUGUGGACCCAGUAAAAUGCCUGUCUCAGCAGCCCCAGUUCUGAAGUUCAAGAAGCUCUCCUUUCAUGCCAAGACUCCUGAGCGAGGCUCACCUCGGGCUGCUGGUUAUGAUCUCAGCAGUGCAUACGAUGUGGUUGUGGAGGCAGGAGGGAAGGCUGUCAUCAAGACAGACCUGCAGAUCGAGCUGCCUGAAGGCUGCUAUGGCCGAGUUGCGCCCAGAUCUGGUCUUGCUGUUAAGGCUCACAUCGACGUUGGAGCUGGUGUAAUCGAUGAAGAUUACCGUGGCAACGUAGGUGUGGUGCUCUUCAACCAUGGCAAAGCUCCCUUCGCUAUUAAGAAGGGAGAUCGCGUGGCUCAGCUCAUUUGCGAGAGGAUUUUCUACCCAGAACUGCAGGAAGUUGAAGCGGAGCUGACCUCGACUGAUAGAGGAGACGGUGGCUUCGGAUCAACUGGGGUGAAUUGAAGCUCCUCAAUCUGCAGUGCCGCACCCGGCAUGAGCCCUACGAGUACAUUGUGAUAGUCGUUUUAAGUCACCUCGAUAAUGUGAACACUGAGCAAAAUAGCAAUGCAGAGAAAAAGAAUUUAGAUCUGAAUUUGGCCCCCUUAGUAAGUUCCUGCUUGUUAUACGUUCUAUCUCAGUUGACUGUCGAUUUCAAACUGUAAUCUCAAUUUGGUCUGCUACUAAAGUCAUGGUCUAGGAUAUUGAGAUACCCUGUUUCAGUUUCCAUAAAUCUCGUGUAUUUCAAACAAUUUAAUAUUUAGAAGCAUUAAAUAUAUGUGAUGUGUUAUU